AUGUCUGAAAAUCAACAAAACAUUUUAUCUUCCUCCGAUCCAAAACAUCAUCAUGAGGGAUGUUCUCAUGAUGAUCAUCAUGAACAUCACCAUCAUGAGAGUUGUGGGCAUGAACAUCAUCACGAACACGAUGAACACUGUACUCAUGAACAUCAUCAUGAACACCAACACCAGCAUGGUGAGGCUUGCACUCAUGAGCAUCAUCACGAAGACGAAAAUUGCGGACAUCAUCAUCACCAUCACCACCACUACCACCAUCAUCAUCAUGAAGGAUGUAGCCACGAUCAUGAUCAUGAUCAUCACCACCAUCAUCAUGGACAUGAUCAUCAUCACCAUAUCCAAAUCAUGCCCUACGCAAAUGAACACAACAACAAAAAGAUUGUAAAGAGUUUUUCACCAUUAAUUUUGGCCUGUUUGAGAAAUGACACAAAGUUGGCUCUUAAGUUAUUAACUCCAGGAAAUGUCAAUGAUCGAACUGUUGAUAAUUUUACACCAUUACAUUUUGCAAUGAUGAAUGGAAAUUCUGUGCUUGUUGAGAAAUUAAUAGAAGCAGGAGCUCGUCUUGAUAAAAGAACUCUUACGCACGAUGGAAUGACUCCUCUCAUUUUGGGAAUAAGAGAAGGCCAUGUCGAAGCGAUUAAAACGUUUUUAGAAUGUGCCAAGAAAAAAUUGGAAUCAGGAAAUAAUCCUCGCAAUUUGACCAUUCAGUCUCUUGUGAAUCAAGGAAAUUUAUUUGGAGAGACACCACUUCAUUAUGUUUGUAAAAUGUUCAUGGUACUCUCACGUGCUUUGGAAAUUGCAAAGAUUUUAGUUGAAGAGUAUGGAGCCGACGUGAAUGCAACUGCAAUUGGAAUGCUAAAACAAACACCACUCACCACAUUCGCUCUCACCGUACCACCAGAAAGUACCAUUCCAAUGAUGAAAAAUAUAAGCUUGCACGUCUCGAGAGACUUUAGACAGCUUGCCAAAUUAAUUGAAUCACACAAUGGAAAAGCUACCGAAAAUGAAGCUCCUGAGGAUCCACUAUUAAUUUUGGGACCAAACGUACCAAAAAUUAUUGGCCCUCCAGGAGUUCCUUCACAACUCUUUGCUCAUCACAGAGAUAUGGCAAAUCGAAAAAUGGAAGUAGAUUUCGGAGGAGCAUAUUGGAGUUAUGGUUGCCUUGAAUGUUUCUAUAUGGGAAAGAAGCCACGUGUUGGAUUAGCUGUGGAUUUGUUAAUUCCUUUCACAAAAACACAAAAGGGUUUGAAUGCUACUGUCAUGCAAGGAAUUAUUCACAAAGUUAAUUAUGCUAACAGUGAAAAGAAAUCAAUGCAUUAUGAAGACUUGAUUGACUUGGAAACUGGUGCAAGGGCAUCAUUUGUAGCAACUGCUGUUGUUAUGGCUGGUCACUUGGAAAGAUUAUCCGACAUUUUCCCUGGUGAGUAUGAGGUGACAGUCGAGUGGCAUCCAGAAUAUUCCAGAGAGCAUCCAUGGGUUGUGACACGUAUUUUCCAAAAAGAUGAAAAGAGUGACAGCAUUGUAGAUUUGGCACGUGAUGCUCAUCAAGCAGAGUUGGAGAAUGGUAGAUCUGUACUUCCCAACACAAAACCUCACAGAUGCACAGUUGUCAGAGGUUUGGAAGAUGAGCAUGGAUCACAUCAUCAUGAUUUACCUCCAAGAGUCAUGGUUGAAGUGGAGCUUUAUUCACCAUACAAAAUUUGUGUCAUUAAUUAUGCUCCAGAUGAGAUUGAUCCAAACGGCUCAAGUGAUGCUCAGAUGGUUGAUGAUACUAAUUUUAAUAACAUGUUGGCUCAAGUCGUUCAAACAGGUGCAGAGCUCAUUCGAAGAGGAAAGCCACAAAUAGAUAUUAUAGUCGAUGGAAAAAAGCUGAACGUGAUGGAAAUGUUGAAGAAUCAACUUAAAAAGCAACUUCAGCAAGGCACACCAGCAUCAGCAACAGCAACAAAGGGAGUUGAAAAAACAAAUCGAGUGGACAGGUGUGCAAACUGCAACAAAGCGGGAACCAAAACAAAUCCCCUCAAGAGAUGUUCAGCAUGUCAAAGUGUUUUCUAUUGCUCUUCCAAGUGUCAGGUAGAACAUUGGCCAAAACACAAGGAAACUUGUUUGGCUAAAAGAAAAAAGAAGUAA